ACCCUAUAGAAGUUAGAGGACACGCGAACACACGCUACUCUGUCUCCGCAGUAUUCUCUGUCUCUCUGUGUUACCCCCUAGAAUAUAGAUACUAGAGAGAGCACUCCAGUUCAAUUUCAAUCGUCGACUCUUUUCCGAUCCUCGAGUUCACUGCUGAUCAAUAUGGACCUUCCCAGCCUCCUCGUCAUCCUCCAGGGUGCUCUUUGCCCCAGCCCCGAUGAGCGCAAGGCCGCGGAGCAAAGCCUCAAUCAGUUUCAGUACGCACCUCAACAUUUGGUGAGGGUAUUGCAAAUUAUCGUGGAUAAUAACUGCGACAUGGCCGUGCGCCAAGUCGCCAGCAUUCAUUUCAAGAACUUCAUCGCCAAGAACUGGUCUCCUCAUGAGCCUGGUGUGGGACGCCUUGCUUAUGAGCAGCGGAAGAUUUCCCAAACCGACAAAAACAUGGUGAGGGACAAUAUCCUAGUGUUCGUACCACAACUUCCUCCUCUGUUAAGGGUACAGAUAGGUGAGUGCCUCAAGACGAUUAUCCAUGCUGACUACCCUGAACAAUGGCCACACCUUUUGGACUGGGUGAAGCAUAACUUACAAGAUAAGCAAGUCUAUGGAGCUUUGUAUGUGUUACGGAUACUUGCUAGAAAAUAUGAGUUCAAGUCUGAUGAGGAGAGAACACCGGUUUAUCACAUUGUUGAGGAGACAUUCCCUCAUUUGCUCAAUAUAUAUAACAGGCUUGUGCAGAUUGUCAAGCCAUCGCUUGAUGUGGCGGAGCUGAUCAAGUUUAUUUGUAAAAUAUUUUGGUCAUCCAUAUAUUUGGAGAUUCCCAAGCAGCUCUUUGAUCCGAAUCUCUUCAAUGCUUGGAUGAUUCUUUUUCUAAAUGUAUUGGAGAGGCCUGUCCCCUUAGAAGGGCAGCCUGUUGACCUUGAGAUUAGGAAAUCAUGGGGGUGGUGGAAGGUCAAGAAAUGGACAAUUCACAUUUUAAAUAGGCUAUACACUAGGUUUGGUGAUUUGAAACUUCAAAACCCAGAAAACAAAGCUUUUGCGCAGAUGUUUCAGAAGAAUUAUGCAGGAAAGAUUUUGGAAUGUCACUUAAAUUUGCUGAAUGUCAUUUGUGUCGGUGGAUAUUUACCUGACAGAGUUAUCAAUCUGAUUCUUCAAUAUCUAACCAACAGUAUCUCGAAGAACGCAAUGUAUAACCUGCUCCAAUCUCGACUUGAUACUCUUCUUUUUGAGAUAAUUUUUCCCCUUAUGUGCUUCAAUGACACUGAUCAAAAGCUUUGGGAUGAAGACCCACAUGAGUACGUGAGGAAGGGUUAUGAUAUCAUUGAAGAUCUAUACAGUCCAAGGACUGCUGCCAUGGAUUUUGUCAGUGAGCUGGUUAGAAAACGUGGAAAAGAAAAUCUUCAUAAGUUUAUUCAAUUCAUUGUGGAAAUUUUUAAAAGUUAUGAUGAAGCACUGGUAGAGUACAAACCCUAUAGACAGAAAGAUGGUGCACUUCUCGCUGUUGGAGCUCUUUGUGAUAAAUUGAAGCAAACUGAACCUUACAGGUCUCAACUUGAGCAUAUGUUAGUGCAACAUGUUUUCCCUGAGUUCACUAGUCCAUUUGGGCAUCUUAGGGCCAAGGCUGCAUGGGUUGCAGGACAGUAUGCCCAUAUAAAUUUCUCGGAUCAGAACACUUUCCGUAAGGCUUUACACAGUGUUGUGUCUGGGAUGCGGGAUCCAGAACUUCCUGUUCGUAUUGAUUCUGUUUUUGCUUUGCGCUCUUUUGUUGAAGCUUGCAGAGGUAUAUAUAUGCUGCACACUAUGUAUUUGAAUGAAAUUCGCCCAAUUCUUCCUCAACUCCUUGAUGAGUUCUUUAAACUAAUGAAUGAGGUUGAGAACGAGGACCUUGUAUUUACUCUGGAGACUAUAGUGGACAAGUUUGGGGAGGAAAUGGCACCAUAUGCUCUUGGGUUAUGCAAGAAUUUGGCGGCUGCAUUUUGGAGGUGUAUGAACACUGCUGAAGCUGAUGAUGAAGUUGAUGAUCCUGGUGCUUUAGCUGCAGUUGGUUGUUUACGUGCCACUAGCACAAUUCUUGAAUCAGUGAGCAGGCUUCCUCAUAUUGUUGUGGAAAUUGAGCCAACUUUGCUUCCUAUAAUGCGUAGAAUGUUGACAAGUGAUGGCCAAGAGGUUUUUGAAGAAGUUUUGGAAAUAGUAUCAUAUAUAACUCUCUUUUCUCCAACUAUAUCUCUGGAAAUGUGGGGUCUAUGGUCAUUGAUGAUGGAAGCAUUGGCAGAUUUUGCUAUUGACUACUUUCCAAAUAUUUUGGUUCCUUUGGGCAACUACCUAUCCAGGGGAACCGCACAUUUCCUCACUUGUAAAGAACCAGAUUACCAGCAAAGCCUUUGGACUAUGAUUUCAUCUAUCAUGGGAGAUAAAAAUGUGGAGGACAAUGAUAUUGAGCCAGCUCCGAAGCUCAUUCAAGUUGUCUUCCAGAACUGCAAGGGGCAGGUGGAUCAAUGGGUUGAGCCAUAUCUCAGAAUCACAGUGGAGCGAUUACGUCGGGCAGAGAAGUCAUACAUGAAAUGUCUUCUCAUGCAAGUGAUAGCAGAUGCUCUUUUCUACAAUUCAGCUUUGGCACUCGGCAUAUUGCAAAAGCUAGGUGUUGCAACCGAAAUCUUUAAUCUUUGGUUCCAGAUGCUGCAAGAAGUUAAAAAGAGUGGUGUACGCGUUAAUUUUAAAAGGGAGCAUGAUAAGAAAGUUUGUUGCUUGGGAUUGACAUCACUACUAGCACUGCCUGCUGGUCAUUUGCCAGGGGAAGCCUUGGGACGCAUUUUCAGAGCAAUCCUUGAUCUUUUAGUUGCGUACAAGGAUCAAAUUGCAGAAGCUGCAAAGGAAGAAGAGGUGGAAGACGAUGAUGAUAUGGAUGGUUUUCAAACGGAUGACGAAGAGGAUGAUGGUGAUGUAUCUGACAAGGAAAUGGGAGUUGAUACCGAGGAUGGGGAUAAAGCUGACAGCAUUAGACUUCAAAAGUUGGCUGAACAGGCAAAGGCUUUUCGCCCAUAUGAUGAGGACGAUGAUGAUUCGGAUGAUGACUAUAGUGAUGAUGAAGAGUUGCAAUCACCAAUUGAUGAGGUGGACCCGUUUGUUUUCUUUGUGGAUACUGUCAAAUCCUUGCAAGUAUCAGAUCCAUUGAGGUUCCAGAACCUCACGCAAACACUUGACUUUCAUUGUCAAGCCCUUGCCAAUGGUGUUGCCCAGCAUGCUGAACAGAGGAAAGCAGAGAUUGAAAAGGAAAGAAUGGAGAAGGUGGCUGCUGGUGGUUCUUAAACUUUUGAUGCUAUGUUGUGGCUAAAAAUUUGCUUUGCAUAUUACAUCCAAUCUGUAAUGGUUUGGAGCAUCUGGUCGUUUCGAUGAUCAUGAAGGUCGUUGAGCCCCAAUGAUUUCUCGGGUCUAAAGUUCUUGGAAGAUUGCUUGUACAAGUUCCCCUGACAUACAGUGGGAUUAGUGAACACUGGAGCUAGUUCUUUGUUCUGUUCUUCCAGCAUUCAGAGGUAUAGUCAUUAUUUGGUGAGUAUGGCUAUUCUACGGCAGAUAUAUGGCUGUCCCUUCUUGAAUAGUCCUUUCCUCCUUUAUCUCUCAUGUUCAUUAGCCACAAUUUCUUUGGGUUGAGUAUUUAUUCCCUUUGAGUUAUUUGGGAACCAUAGGAUCUGCUCUCAUGGCUUGAGAGCAGCAGGGUGGGUUUCAUGCAUACAAAAAGUUAUUUAGGAUUUCUUUUCCGUUUCAUACGGCUGGUUGAUGGCUAUAUUGAUUGUUAUUAUUAUUAUUAUUUAGCUGCUGGGUCACCAACAAAUGUUCCCUCCCUCCCCGGUGUAUAGAGUCUUAGGGUUCGAAAUUGGGUAUUUUUUGGGUUUUGAUUGCAGAGGGCUUCCAAGGGUAGCUUUGCUGCCGAUUGUAAAACAUUUACGUUAAAUAUUCUUUAUACGAUAUGUAGAUUCACGAGAAAA